AUCGCUGACGAUGACGCAGGACGUUUUAGAGAGGGGACCGUGUAGGGUGCUAUGUGGAGAGUAGGGAUGUCGGAGGAGAUCGGUAAGGCGCUGCAGGCUGUCGUGGAUCGGGUGAGGCAGGCAGCCGCCCGUCGACCGCAGACACUUCCACUUGUCAGUCCGCGGCUGGUGGCCGUCAGUAAGACGAAACCACCCGAGAUGGUGAUCGAGGCCUAUCGACAGGGGCAGCGCAACUUCGGGGAGAAUUAUGUCAAUGAACUUGUAGAAAAAGCCUCCAAUCCUCAGAUUUUGUCAUCGUGUCCAGAAAUCAAGUGGCACUUUAUUGGGCACCUACAGAAGAACAACGUCAACAAACUCCUGGGGGUACCAAACCUUUUCAUGGUGGAGACAGUGGACUCUGUGAAGUUGGCAGACAGGAUCAAUAGCUCCUGGCAAAGGCUGCGGGCAGCCAACAGUCAGCAAUUAAAGAUCAUGGUUCAGAUCAACACCAGUGGUGAAGACAGUAAACAUGGGUUGCCCCCUGAGGAGACUGUGAGCACUGUCAAACACAUUGUGUCCCAGUGUCCUGCCCUGCACUUCAUGGGCCUCAUGACUAUUGGCCGAUAUGGCUAUGACCUCAGCCAGGGCCCCAAUCCAGACUUUCAGAUGCUGCUGAGCUGUCGGCAGGAAGUGUGUGACAACCUGCAGCUCCCCAUAGAGGAGGUGGAACUCAGUAUGGGGAUGUCUACUGACUUUGAGCACGCAAUUGAAGUGGGCUCCACCAAUGUGCGUGUGGGUAGCACCAUCUUUGGCGAAAGGGAUUAUCCCAAUACACCCAGCCCUGAAAAGAGAAGGGUUGUGGUGGAUGAAGAGGCUGCUGGGAAGCUGCAGCACCUAACAGUGAAAGAACAGUGAUCACUGGGCUCUGUUCAUGCAGAAAAAUGAAGAGAAAACCAACAGGAGAGCUGGAAAGGGGGCUGGUCCUAUAGCCGAAUUACAGAACUGACCAGCAUCUCUGUGUGGAUGUGACUGGAAUGGUGCUCAACAGAGGAAGGGGAAAAAAACAUUAUUUUUUAUUUUUUUUUUUUUAAAAAACAAAAACUUAACCUGUCUAUUUGUGGAAUUAAUGUGUACAUUUUUAAACUGUAAUUGUUAAAACUGUUGUACUGAUUCUAAGUAUCUGUAUUUUCAGACUGCUGUGUUGGAAUCCUCUUCUCAUGGUUUGCCUUGUACAUAGAUUCCUAGGGUAUUCUGUGAGAAUCACAGGAAAGGGAUGGAAUGAAUAUGAAAGGAUGGAGUCUGUUGAAAAUGAACACUUUUACUAAUGACAAUCAAGUUCUGAUCCAUCCAGGGACAAGGGGGCUGUACUGGGAAAAGCCACGGUGACAGCUGAGCUUGCUUCAGCUUACAUGGAAUUUGAGAACAAAGAGCAACAACACGAGUUACUGACAAUGUUGAAAUUUACUAUAAAAUUGAUGGUGAAAGUUCUAUAAACUGGAUUGAUUUCAAUUUUUGUCAUUGUCCAUGUGGCUGUGUUCUUUUACACUAGUUAUGUGUAUGUACAUAUUUAGUUCUAACUGCAGUGUAACAGUUCUCACACUUGAUUGUCUUGGGUAAACCAAUUAUUAAUGAGCUGUGACAUCUACAGUUGAGCCAAAACCUUUUCACCAGUGUUUGAUUUUGAAAGGACAAAAUCCAGUAGAGAGAGUGAUUUGUCAUUGGUUUGGUUUAAAGAAUUGUGGAAAAGAGAAUAAAGAAGUUAGUUGUCAAGGGUCUGUUUACUGGUGUUCUGCUAGAUGGUGUUAACUUUGUUUUAUCUGCCUCCCCACAUUGCGCCGUACAGGUGCCCCAGAUUCUUGUGUUUGUGCUGUGUGGAAUUCUGGGAUUUGGUCUUAAGGAGAAGAGGCACAUCAGACUAGAGCGUUGUACUUUGUUCAAA